GCCGGAGCCGGAGCACACGCCGGCGGCGCCAGGAGGCGGCCGGCGCGGGCGCGGCUGGGGCGGCCCGCCGCCAAGGAGGCGGAGGUGGUCGGCGCCCCGCUGGCGGUGAGCGGCCCCGCGGGCUCCGCGCUGCUCUCGCUGCGCACCGGGGAGCUCAAGCGCCAGCUGCGGCUCCGAGGCCUCGACACCAGCACUUGCUUCGACCGCGAGUGUCUCCUGGAGAAGGGCUCCCGCGCAGGGCUGCUGCCGCCAGAUGCGAAGCUGACGCUCGGCGGUGCCGCCGGCGCCGCGGCGCCGGCCAGCUCCACGGCCUCGGCCCGGGCUCAGGCCCGGGCCCGCGCUCGGGCCCAGCGGCGCGCGCUGCGGAGCGGGCCGCCGCCGGCACCGGUCAACGUCUCGCUGCGGAGGGUGCCGGCCCAAGGCCAGUACCUCCCGUCGGGCCUGUUCACCGACGGCGAGCGGGUGGCGCUGCCGCUCUGGAGCGAGGCCGAGCCAGAGGCGGAGCCGCUCUGGUUUGUGCUGGACACCGCCAUACGCAGGACCGCGCUGUCCAAGAGCAACGCCGCGCGCCUGGGCGUGUCGGACGGGCUUGGCGUGGCGCGGGGCCUGCGCUUCGCCGGCGAGCCGGUGGGCGACCUGUCUGUGCAGGUCGUCCCGGACGGCUCCGCGGUGCUGGGCGACGGCGUCUCGGGCCUGUUGG